UUGGCUCCUGAGCCCCCAGCAGAACCUCUUCAAUGUCUUGCAUGUUACAGAUUUCACCGCUCCACCAGCUUGCGGAGAACAUGUGGCUCUUGACAGCUCUGUUCCUUUGGGUUCCAGCUGGUGGACAAGUGGCAGACCCCACAAAGGCAAGGAUCACCUUGCAGCCUCCAUGGGUCAAUGUGUUCCAAGGGGAAAAGGUGACCUUGUGGUGCGAGGGGCCCCGUCUGCCUGGGUCCAACUCUACACGGUGGCUUCUCAACGGCACAACCAUGCAGACCUUGGCUCCCAGACACAGCAUCACUGCCGCCAGUUUUGAGGACAGUGGGGAAUACAGCUGCCAGACAGGUGACUCAGCGCCAAGCGACCCGGUACAGCUGGAAGUCCACAGAGACUGGCUGCUACUGCAAGUCUCUGGCAGAGUCUUCACCGAAGGAGAACCUCUGGCCUUGAGGUGUCAUGGAUGGGAGAAUAAGCUGGUAUACAACGUGCUUUUCUAUCGAAACGGAAAAACCUUUAAGUUUUCACCUCACAGUUCUAAAUUCACCAUUCCGAAAACCAACGUAAGUCACAAUGGCAUCUAUCGCUGCUCCGGCAUGGGAAUGCACCGCUACAUGUCAGCGGGAGUAUCUGUCACAGUGAAAGAGCUAUUUACCGUUCCAGUGCUGACAGCAUCCUCGCCCUCCCCCUUCCUGGAGGGCAGUCCGGUCAACCUGAGCUGCGAAACGAAGGUGCUCUCGCAGAGGCCUGGUGUGCAGCUUUUCUUCUCCUUCCACGUGGGCAGCAAGACCCUGAGGGGCAGGAACACGUCCUCCCAAUACCAGAUGCUCACCACGAGCAGAGAAGACUCUGGGUUAUACUGGUGCCAGGCGGCCACGCAAGACGGAGAUAUCGUGAAGCACAGCCCUGAGCUGGAGGUCCAAGUGCUCGGCCUCCAGUCACCAGUUCCUGUCUGGUUUCCUGUCCUUUUCUAUCUGACAGUGAUAAUAAUGUUUUUGGUGGACACGGCUCUCUGUGUGGCAACACAUAAAGAACUACAAAGAAAGAAAAGGUGGAAUUUGGAAAUCCUUUUGGCUUCUGAUCAUGGGAAGGAGAUAACUUCCUUUAAGAAAUAUAGAUAUUUAGAAGAAGAGCUGAAGUGUCAGGAACAAGCAGAAGAGCCGCAGGAAAGGACACAGGAGAAGAAAGCCCAGGAAGGAGAGUAGCAGCAGCUCCGUAGGCGCCCUCGGAUCUGGACAGUCCCCUCCCCUUCCCUUUCCUGUCUGCAUGAGUGCCAGCACGAACCCCAAAAGGUCAAGGACACUAGAACCGCACGUCUCAUAGCACAGAACUCUGAAAGCAAAUAAAUGAGCUGGCAUACGUCUGAAAAUUCAUAAUCAAGGAUUAUUUCAAAUGA